GCCAGGAGCCGCGCCGUAUCAAAGACGACACCUGGGCAACUGGAGUUACGUGCUCCUCCGACUGUACUCCCACGACUGUCCUCCAAUUGCUCGAAUCGGUUACCAUGAUCCUGCGGAAAUCGAUGUAACAGGAUACUAGGCACUUUGCCUUCUACAAUGGCACUACGUAUCUUGCGAGCGGCGCUCCUGCUCCUUCAUGUCCUCAAUGUCACGGCUUACACCCCUCUGUCGGACGAUACGCUCAAAAGUCUCCCAGCGGCCGGUGACGACUUCGAUAUUAAGAGCGGGUCAAUACUUGCACCAAUUCUCGUCCCAAGAGUCCCUGGAACGCCGGGUUCUUUAGCUGUCCAACGGCAUUUCGUAGACUGGUUCUCAACUCACCUCCCCGAGUGGACAAUAGAAUUCCAGAACUCGACCUCGACGACCCCUGCGACGGGGGAUAAACAUGUGCCAUUUUCGAACAUUAUAAUCACACGCGACCCGCCGUGGACGAGACCGGGAGAUGUGGGACGAUUGGCCUUGGUCGCGCAUUAUGACAGCAAGCUCACCCCGCCUGGGUUCAUUGGCGCAACGGAUAGCGCAGCACCAUGUGCGAUGAUAAUGCAUGCGGCGCGGAGUAUAGAUGAGGCAUUGACACAGAAGUGGGCUGCUAUGGAAGCUACCGGGACUGCUGGUGGUGGCCUGGAAGAGGAGAAGGGAGUUCAGAUUCUACUCCUUGACGGAGAAGAAGCAUUCGUUCAAUGGACAAGUACCGACUCACUCUAUGGAGCUAGAUCACUAGCAGAAGAAUGGGAAACAACCAUGCACCCUGCCCUCUCCACCUACAAGACCUUGCUCAACUCUAUUUCCCUCUUCCUCCUCCUUGAUCUCCUGGGCUCUGCGAACCCCAAGAUCCCCUCCUACUUUGAAACUACCCACUGGGCAUAUCGAGGACUAGCGGACAUUGAAUCGCGCCUCCGAUCGCUCAACCUCCUACAAACCCAACCCCGCACGCCUUUUCUCCCGGAAAAAGAAAAACUAGCCAACACUUUCAACAAAUUCGGUAGUAUCCAAGAUGAUCAUAUACCAUUUAUGGCGCGUGGAGUGGAGGUCUUACAUAUUAUACCUACGCCUUUCCCGAAAGUUUGGCAUACGAUGGACGAUGACGGGGAACAUUUGGAUCCCCCGACGGUUGAGGAUUGGGCGAAGAUAAUCACAGCUUUUGUUGGAGAAUGGAUGGAUUUGGAAGGUUACUUCCCGCCGAAGGCACAGGCUGAAGCGAAUGUUAAGCACAAGAGGACUAUCUCCAGUAAGACUGAGCUGUGA